UGGAUCGAACUGCUGCGUUAGGACAGGAACAAGUUGAAGGAUAGAGAAAAAUGUCUGAACCAGAGAAGACCGAAAAAAACGUGGAUAAUACUUUAUCGAAGGAUACGGGUUUAACCAACGGAGGAAAUAAUGUUUCAGAGAAGAUGACAGAGAAGUUUCAGCUUGCUUCAGUCUACGUGUCAGAUGCCCAUUACAACAGGAACAUCUUUUUUGAUACUUCACCACAGGCUGUGAGACUUUACCUGCUCUACAAUCACUGGUUCAUGCAGUUACUGGUAUAUGUGUUUAUCAUUAUGAAUCUUGCCCUGGCUCUGUUUGAGGAUCCUGCUGUAGUGCAAGUUCCGAUAUGGGCAACUUCUACAAUUGAGAUCAUAUGUCUCUCUGCUUUCACUGUGCGGCUGGUUCACUAUGCCAAAGUCAUUCCAAAAGAUAAAUUCUGGAAGGAUCCCAAAAAUAUCUGCAUCAUAAUCACCAUAACGCUCUCAUUCAUAGAUUUGACGAUAUACUGGGCUCUGAAAGCAACAGGCAACUUUGGGAUCCGAUGGUCGAGGGUCUUAAGACCACUUCUGUUAGUCAAUGUUACAGAGGGACGACAAUUGCGGCGAGCGUUCAGGAGCAUUCGAAAUGCACUGCCUCAGAUCUUCUCCGUGUUCCUCUUGUUCAUGUUCAGUGUGUUGGUGUUUUCUCUCAUGGCUCUUAAGUUGUUUAGAAAAAGGGGCCUUCUUACCAAUGAUGGUUCCCCAUAUUUCAAUGAUUAUUUGGACAUUGUUUUCGAUCUUUAUGUUUUAGUGACCACUGCUAAUAGCCCUGAUAUCAUGAUGCCGGCAUACAACUACAGUGUUUACUUCACUAUUUUCUUCAUUCUGUAUAUUGUUGUCAACACCUACACCUUCAUGUCCUUCUUUCUGGCAGUGGUUUACAAUAACUACAAAAAAUACCUGAAGGAGGAAGUGCGGCAGCUGGUGAAGGCCAGGAGAUUUAAGAUGUGCCGGGCGUUUUCUGUGCUCCAGGAGACCGUGGGUGACGGUGGGGAACCUGUGGUGACCCAGCCCAAAUGGAACCACCUGGUUAAACUGGUCAAGCCAAAUAUCAGUGAUGCCCACCGGGAACUGCUCUGGAGUGUCUUAGAUGAUCAGAAUAAAGGGCACAUAGGAAAGUUAGCAUUUGUCCAGCUGGCUGAUCUGCUGUGUAUUCAGGUGAUCACAGUGAGGUCGCAAACACAUCCCAUGCAAAUCUGUUUCCCUUCUGUGUACAAUUCCUCAGCCAGCAGAUUCAUCCGCUGCAUGGUUCGUCACAGAAUGUUUGUGUAUGCCUAUGACAUGAUUAUCCUGGUGAAUGCUGUGUUCAUUGGUCUGGAUGAGGAGAAUCCUGUGGUGUCGAAUGCUGAGUGGGGUUUUCUGGCUCUCUAUAUGCUGGAGAUCAUUCUCAAACUGUAUUCCACUGAGCCACGAUUGUUCUUCGCUAGACAUCAGUUCUGGAACUGGUUUGACACCACCAUUGUUGUAACUGCCCUAUUUGGCACCAUCAUUAACUCGGCACUUAAACAAUCUGGAGGUUACACGAGUCGCCAGAUCCUGGACAUCGUUUUCAUCUUGAGAGUCCUUAGACUCGUACGUUUGGUGGAUUCCAUAAAGAGAUUCCGAGCCAUCAUCAACACUCUUAUUAAAAUUGGACCAACUAUUCUUACAUUUGGCCAGCUCAUAGUGGUCGUCUAUUACAUAUUUGCCAUGGUUGGCAUGGAAUUAUUUAAAGGUAAAGUUCAGUUUUUUGAACCAAACUCUACCAGCCCUGAUCAGGAGUACUGUGGAAACCCUCUUCUGAAAGGCACCAACUUUGCCAAAUACAACUACUGCAAGAACAACUUCAACAAUGUCAUCUCUUCCUUCAUUGUCUUGCUGGAACUCACUGUGGUUAAUCAGUGGCAUGUGUUGACCAGCGGGUUCACGGCGGUCACACAUGUUUCAGCCAGAAUAUUUUUCGUCGUCUUUCAUAUCGUGGUGGUCAUUAUCAUUAUCAAUAUUUUUGUCGCAUUCAUCUUGGAGGCCUUCUUGGUGGAAUACACAAUUGACAAAAGUGAUCUGCAGACUUUUAUGGAGAAAAAGAUCGAGGAGCUGGAACUCAAUGUACAACCGGAUGUUGUGGACGGUGGUCUUGUAGAUGCAAUGGAAAGCAGUGACAAUGACCUGGGUGUCUCCGAAUCUGGAAAACGGAAGCCCUCCCUUAUGUUCAAGAUUGCUUCUAGAAGAUCUAGAACUGUGGAUGGACUUUUGCAGCGAAUGUUUGAAGCUGAUCUCCGGCCAGAAGACUUCAAUGAGGAUGUUGAAGCAGAAAACAUGAACUUCUCAAACCCUGUCUUUGACUCUAUAUAACUGGCAUGAAACAAAGAAUUACUAAAGCAUCUAUAAAACAAUGUAAAUAUAUAAAUACAGUUUGCAUUGAAGAUUAUUUUUAUGUAUGAAGUAUUUGAUGAGAUUGAUUGACACUUUGGGACCUAUAAUACUCAUCCAUUAUUCAGUUGUCAACCAUCUCAUUUGUAAUCAAAUGUGUACAGUUUAUAGGCUAUACCUUUUUAUUAUUAUUAUAAUUUCAUAUAUUUUAAUAUAUAUUCUUUUUCUAUAAUUUUGUUGAGGGGUAAUAUACUACAUGAUAAACAGGCAUUGUCCCAGAUUGAUAUUUUUACGGCGUGUACUUUGAGAGACUGAUUCCAUCAAUUAUUUUGUUAUAAUGUGCUUUCAAUUGCGCACCAGCAGAGAGCGAAAUGCCUUGAGCAUCACUGUGCUGCUCGGAGAGGAAGAGUGGUGCUGAGGCUGGGAACCAGAUGGGCAUGGACAUCCAGCAUCCAGAGAAAUGGAUGAUUUGUAAUGGCUUGUUUGAAUCUACGCCCCUGCUUUUAUUAACCUUGCUCUAAAAUACAGCUCAGAAACAAAAUUACUGAUCGAGGUAUUUAGGGAAGAUGGAGAUAUUUAAUGUUAAAAUCCUCUGGUGUUGUAUAACGUUGUUUAUGUUGGGAUUUGUAGUUCUAUUUGAAUGCGCUGCUGUGUCUUUACUUUAACACAAUAACUGUCCAGGGGUUAGUAAUCUGGUUACUCUUUGCAACUGUUGUAGCCAGGACCGAAAUUACUUAGACUAUUACUAUGGGCGGAACACUGGCGAGGAGACGGUUUUUGGAUGGAUGGCUAUGGAAGAGAUACUUCUGUGACGAAACCGCUCAUCAUUUAAUAAAAUGACCUUCUUUCUGCUAAUCUUCGAUAUGUUUUACAAUAAACAAUACCUUUGGAG